GGUCGUAUUGCUCGUCAGCCAGCCAGCCAACCAGCCCAGCCGUCACAAGGAAGGAGGUGGACAGGAACUGGGUAGCCAUUAUCAAUUCGAGGUAGUCUGUAUUCUGUUUUUAUUGAAGACAAUAGUGAACGCUCGUUUCCCCACCGUCCAUAUCCCUUGUGCAUCUCCGCUACGGGCACCAGCUCCUAACAUGAAUCCCGAAUAUGACUACCUUUUUAAACUUCUGCUGAUUGGAGACUCUGGUGUCGGAAAGUCUUGUUUACUUCUUCGGUUUGCUGAUGACACUUACACAGAAAGCUACAUCAGCACCAUUGGAGUUGACUUUAAAAUCAGAACUAUUGAUUUGGAGGGCAAAACAAUAAAGCUGCAGAUUUGGGACACUGCUGGUCAAGAAAGAUUCCGCACUAUUACUUCGAGUUACUACAGAGGAGCCCAUGGCAUUAUUGUCGUUUAUGAUUGUACUGACCAGGAGUCAUUUAACAAUGUCAAACAGUGGCUUGAAGAAAUCGACCGCUAUGCUUGUGAUAAUGUAAACAAACUCCUUGUAGGCAACAAAUGUGAUCUUACUAACAAGAAAGUGAUUGAAUUCAAUGUAGCCAAGGAGUACGCUGACCAGCUUGGCAUUCCAUUCUUAGAGACAUCAGCUAAGAAUGCAACCAAUGUGGAGCAGGCUUUCAUGACCAUGGCUGCGGAGAUCAAGAACCGUGUUGGCCCAACCUCCUCCGCUGCUGCCACCGUCGGCAAUGUGAAAAUUGAGCAGGGCCGGCCUCUCGAAAACACAAAGUCUGGAUGUUGCUGAAGACAGCAUUUGUCUUAUUUUAAAGGACUGGGACCGUUUCCUCAACAUAGUGUCAAUUUUGCAGAAACACAUGGAAGCAGAAAUGUGCUUCACCAGAUAAUUUGUUCAAGUAACAAGAGUGCUUGUGAAGAUGUGUGCUUGUUUGUCGACUGUUUGUGGACUCUGGCUUCAAGUGUUCUCUAUUGUAGGAUUGAUACUAUAUUUAAUGAGUUGCACCUUUUCCCCUGCCCCCAACUUCCUUCCCCAUCAAUUUCUUUUUGUUACUUUUUUUUUCUAGACUUAGAUUCCUGUACAUUAGUAUGGAAAAACAACUUUCUGGUGUGCGCUUUGUCUGAUGAUUGUAUAACAUGAGAUUAAGCAUAAAAUUUAAAUUUACAUCGGAUGUAAACUGUAAUUUAAGGAGAUUUUUGCAACUUCUGUAAAAUAAUAUAUAAAUAGUAUAAAUAUGUGUUUUCUAAUAUAUCCGUUCUCCAAUCAGAUGGUUGUAGGGCUAGAUUUGGUUACAUCGGGGUAUAACAAAGCAAUUGAUUUUUGCACGCUUUUGCUUGUGAUAUAAAUUUCUGUAACAUUUAAGUAAAUAUUUUAAACAUGAGCCUUGUUAAUUUGGAUCAAUACAUUUCAAGCCUAAAAUUGUCAUUCCAUCAGCAGAAGCUGAAUCUGAAUUUGCUAUCUUUUACCAUUACGUAAUGCUUUUUGUUCGUCAGUGUGAACUUCUCCCUGUAAAACAAUAAUUUUGUACUGAUGUCAGGGAAGCAUUUGCUUAUGAAUGAAUUCUGCUACUGAAAUGCCUCAGUAAGAUUACCUUUGUUUGUAUUGCUUGUAUGUUACCAAUAGUGGCUGAUUUGGAGAAGGAGCAAUGAUGGAACUUGCUGUCCAUUUACUAUCAUGAUUCAGGUUAAUGCUGUUGUUUGCUGAGUAUUCUUGGCCCUGGCUCUGGCUACCCGAUCAUGGCCUCCAACUAGUUUACUCAUCGAUCAACUGAGUAUCAGUAAGCAUUUUAUGUGAUGUGAAUAAAAUGGAAAAUUAUCAGUAGCUCUCAUCGGUCUUGUCACAGCAAGAAGACAUGUUUACAUUUAAUACAGAUUCGUUUUUACACGUA